UGUGUGUGUGUGUGUGGAGUGAGUGAGUGAGAGAGAGAGAGAGAGAGAGAGAGAGAGAGAGAGAGAGAGAGAGCACUCCCGUAAAUUUCAUUUCACGGAAGAAGACCACCUCAGCUAAGCUACGCCACAAUUCUCCAGACUAAAAAGCAAGAUUUACAUUUGUAGUUAUGGCAGAACAUCAACAAACUACUACCAUUGUGACAACCCAGCAAGUUUCCUCAGGUACCUGGACCACAGGGAUCUGUGACUGCUGUUCUGAUAUGAGCACUUGUUGCUGUGCCUUAUGGUGUUUCCCUUGCAUGCAGUGUCAGACUGUCUCUCAGUUUGGCUGGUGUUUCUGUAUGCCAUUGCUAGACUGCUGCAUGGUAGUAUCCUGCUGUCUUCGCCAGAAGAUGAGAGAGCAAUAUAACAUCCAUGGUUCAUGCUGCGAUGACUUUUGCACUAUCUGCUGCUGUUAUCCAUGUGUCUGGUGUCAGAUGUCUCGAGAAAUCAAGAUUCGUGCUCGGUCUGGCAUUGUGGUCACCCAACAAAUUAUGAGCAGUUAGAGAUCAGCUUUGCUAUGAGUUCCAACAGUAUGGGCAAUGAUUCAUUAAGAAAGUGAGAAAGGGUGAGAUGUAAACAGCAAGUCUUUUUAUUUUUUAUACUUGUCCACUUUUUUUUUAAUUUUCAAAUUUAAAGUUUUAUUUAGCUGUUAUUCUCUUUUUGGUUAACCCUUACUUUGUGUACCCAAUAUGCAAAUAAUGUAACGUCUCUCUUUUCAUUCUGUUUUAGAGAUAAAUAUGGACACAAUACAGGCAUGCAUGUAAUGGAAUAUAUACAUAUACAUAUAUAUAUAUAUAUAUAUAUAUAUAUAUAUAUAUAUAUAUAUAUAUAUAUAUAUAUA